GCACGGAGAAGCGGCGGCUGAAGCGGCUCGUCGGCUCCACGGCGGCGGCGGCCAGCGCUCGGGCGGCCCUGCUCCCGCGUCUCCACAUCUGGCAUCGUCGCGGAGUUCAGGGUGUAUUUCUGAGGGGAGCGUAUUACAUCUGAUUGAGUUUAGCUUUUCGUCUGCUGUAUCUCUGUUGUAACUAAUAGCAGCAAAGAAAGAGCGUCAUAUGAUUGAGAAGAUUGAACGCUACACAAGUCCAAAGAACAUAACAGCAAUGGGAUCUCGAAGCAUCUGCCUUCUCAUUCUUCUUGUGAUCUUCAUCCCCAGCUCUGUCAUGUCUGAAUCAAGUGAUAUAAAAACUUUAUUCACUCUGAGGCACUCAAUUGCUGAAGAAAAAGGUUUCCUUCGCAGCUGGUUUGAUUCAGAAACUCCCCCAUGCAGCUGGCUAGGUAUAACCUGUUCGGGGCGUAGCGUUGUGGCCAUAGACUUGUCCUCCAUGCCACUCUACGUCCGGUUUCCUUCAUGCAUUGGGGCAUUCGAGUCGCUUGUUCUGCUGAACUUAAGUGGGUGUGGGUUUACUGGUGAGCUUCCAGACACCCUGGGGAAUUUGCAGCGUCUUCAGUACCUAGAACUGAAUGAUAACCAGCUUACUGGGAACCUGCCUGCCUCAUUAUAUACCUUGAAGAUGCUGAAAGAAAUGGUGCUUGACAACAACUUAUUACAUGGACAACUCAGCCCUGCAAUUGCUCAGUUGCAGCAUCUCACCAAGCUGUCCAUAUCCGGGAAUUCCAUCUCCGGUGGCAUUCCUACAGAGUUGGGCAGUCUGCAGAACCUAGAGUUUCUGGACCUUCACAUGAACAGCCUAAAUGAAUCUAUACCAGCAGCUUUUCGUAAUCUGUCUCAGCUGUUGCAUCUUGAUCUAAGCCAGAAUAACCUCAGUGGAUUAAUAUUUUCUGGAAUCAGCUCAUUGGUGAACCUUAUGUCACUUGAUCUGUCCUCAAACAAUUUUGUGGGGCCAAUACCUAGGGAGAUUGGUCAACUGGAAAACCUUCAACUGCUGAUUUUGGGCCAAAAUGCGUUCAGCGCGAGCAUUCCAGAAGACAUUGGUAAUCUGAAGCGGCUUCAAGUACUUCUGCUCCCUGAAUGCAAACUCACAGGCACCAUCCCUUGGUCAAUCAGCGGUCUUGUAAGCCUGGAGGAAUUUGACAUAUCAGAGAACCACUUAGAUGCUGAACUCCCAACAUCAAUCGGUCUGCUUGGCAAUCUGACACAGCUGAUUGCGAAGAAUGCAGGGCUCAGGGGGAGCAUACCGAAAGAACUAAGUAACUGCAAGAAGAUUACUCUCAUAAAUCUGUCAUUUAAUGCCUUCAUUGGCUCCAUCCCUGAAGAACUUGCAGAACUGGAAACUGUUAUCUCUUUUUCUGUGGAAGGGAACAAACUAUCAGGCAAUAUUCCAGAUUGGAUAAGGAACUGGGCAAAUGCAAGAUCUAUAUCGCUGGGUCAAAACUUGUUCAGUGGACCUUUGCCAUUGCUGCCAUUGCAGCAUCUGCUCAGUUUCUCUGCAGAAACCAACCGUCUCUCAGGUUCUGUCCCUGCUGAGAUGUGUCAAAACAACUCCCUGCAAACACUCAUACUGCAUGAUAACAAUCUGACUGGAAGUAUCGAGGAAACUUUUAAAGGAUGCACAAACCUCACCGAGCUGAACUUGCUAGGUAACCAUCUUCAUGGAGAGAUACCAGGGUACCUGGCUGAGCUGCCUUUAGUUAGUCUGGAAUUGUCCCUUAACAAUUUCACAGGAAUGCUGCCUGACAGGUUGUGGGAGUCAUCAACUCUUUUGCAGAUCUCUCUCAGCAAUAAUCAGAUUACCGGCCAGAUCCCAGAUAGCAUUGGUAGGCUGUCCAGCUUGCAGAGGUUGCAGAUUGACAAUAACUAUUUGGAAGGACCCAUUCCAGAGUCUGUUGGCUAUCUACGAAAUCUGACUAUUCUGUCUCUGCAUGGCAAUGGGUUAUCUGGGAACAUUCCAAUAGAACUCUUCAACUGCCGAAACCUUGCUACACUGGACCUGAGCUCUAAUAAUCUGACCGGGCACAUCCCGAGGGCCAUAUCGAACCUGACAUUGCUCAAUAGCUUGAUUUUGUCUUAUAACCAGCUCUCUGGUGCUAUUCCUGCUGAGAUCUGUGUGGGGUUUGAAAAUGAGGUUCACCCUGACUCGGAGUUUGUGCAGCAUAACGGCCUUCUUGAUCUGUCAUACAACCGGUUGACUGGUCAGAUUCCGGCAGCAAUAAAGAAGUGUUCUAUGCUGAUGGUGCUAAACCUGCAAGGCAACUUGCUAAAUGGCACCAUUCCCUCAGAGCUUGGUGAGCUGACAAAUCUUACAAGCAUUAAUCUGUCUUCUAAUGGAUUAGUUGGACCAAUGCUUCCUUGGUCUGCACCAUUGGUACAACUUCAAGGCCUUAUUCUAUCAAACAACCACCUAAAUGGCACCAUUCCUGUUGAGAUAGGCCAAGUUCUUCCCAAAAUUUCAAUGCUAGACUUGUCCGGUAAUGUACUUACCGGAAGUCUACCCCAGUCUUUGCUGUGCAACAAAUAUCUGAACCGCCUGGAUGUCAGUAACAACAAUCUCUCUGGGAAAAUUUUAUUCUUUUGUCCCAUGGACGGAGAAUCCUCAAGCUCAUUGCUUUUCUUCAAUUCAAGCAGUAACCAUUUCUCAGGGACCCUAGAUGAGUCUAUCUCAAACUUCACACAACUGUCUUCUCUUGAUAUCCACAACAAUAGCCUCACUGGAAGCUUACCAUCAGCACUCUCUGAUCUCAGCUUUUUGAACUAUCUUGACCUCUCAAGCAAUGAUUUCUAUGGUGUCAUCCCUUGUGGUAUUUGCAAUAUAUUUGGCCUCACAUUUGCCAACUUCUCUGGUAACCACAUCGACAUGUUCAGCUCAUCUGAUUGUGCAGCAGGAGGUGUUUGUUCUACUAUUGGCACUGGUCGUAGGGUGGCUCAUCCAUCUCAUCGAGUUCGAAGAUUAGGGAUCAUUUGUAUCCUUUCACUUGCUGUCAUCAUUGUGUUGGUACUUCUGGUGUUUUAUCUGAGACACAAACUAUCAAGGAACAGUUCAUUGGUUAUUGUGCCUGCUGGUAAGGCCAAGGCUACCGUUGAGCCAACCUCAAGUGAUGAGCUCCUAGGAAGGAAGUCAAGGGAACCUCUGAGUAUCAAUCUCGCAACUUUUCAGCAUUCACUGUUGCGGGUCACUACCGAUGAUAUACUGAAAGCCACAAAGAAUUUCAGUAAAGAACACAUCAUAGGUGAUGGUGGCUUUGGCACUGUCUAUAGGGCGGCACUCCCUGAAGGCCGGAGAGUCGCGAUCAAGAGGCUUCAUGGUGGCCAUCAGUUCCAGGGUGACCGUGAAUUCCUAGCUGAGAUGGAGACCAUUGGAAAGGUGAAGCAUCCAAACCUUGUUCCCCUGCUUGGUUACUGUGUUUGCGGCGACGAGCGGUUCCUGAUCUACGAGUACAUGGAGAAUGGGAGCCUUGAGAUAUGGCUGAGGAACCGUGCAGAUGCGGUUGAAGCACUUGGAUGGCCAGACCGUCUCAAGAUCUGCCUUGGUUCUGCCCAUGGACUUGCUUUCCUUCAUGAAGGAUUUGUGCCUCAUAUCAUCCACCGGGACAUGAAAUCAAGCAACAUCCUGCUGGACGUGAACUUCGAGCCGAGGGUCUCUGACUUUGGCCUCGCAAGGAUAAUCAGCGCGUGCGAGACUCACGUCAGCACCGACAUCGCCGGUACAUUUGGAUACAUCCCCCCGGAGUACGGCCAGACAAUGAAGUCCAGCACGAAAGGCGACGUGUACAGCUUCGGCGUCGUCAUGCUGGAGCUUCUUACAGGACGGCCACCUACAGGGCAAGAAGACUUGGAAGGUGGUGGGAACCUUGUCGGCUGGGUACGAUGGGUGAUCGCUCGCGGGACAAGGAACGAGCUGUUUGAUCCUUGCCUGCCGGUCUCAGGCGUGUGGCGGGAGCAGAUGGUGCGCGUGCUCGGCAUCGCCCUGGACUGCACGGCCGACGAGCCGUGGAAGCGGCCAAGCAUGGUGGACGUGGUGAAGGGCCUCAAGACGACCCAGGCAAUGGAGUGCGGGCCUCUGGUGGUGACGGUGUCCAGGGGCUCGUAGUGCUGGCCUCGUAGCACUGUUCUUGACAGUGAUGUGAUGAUGUAAUAAUGUAGGCUGAUGGUAGGCAACUUGUAGUUGUAGUUUUUAUCUUUGUCAAAAAGAAAGGUAACUUGUUGUUGUGUUGAGUAACCUCGCUGGAGGUUGUAAUGAGAUAAACCAGUGUUGCUCAUGUUCAGGCUGUAGUUGGGACAAAUGCUGUUGUAUCUUGAUUCAUGUACUGUCUUUGUCAGUUACUCAUGGCAGCAUGAGUGUUUCACAAGCUCUGC